CAGAGCAGGAGACUUUUCAUCCUCUCAUUUCAAGCUGCUGACUGCUCCUUUCUUCUUUUUCACCUUUUCACUUCAUAUUGAGACCAGAAUUCAACUCAUUUUGACCUGAAAACACUUCAGUCCUUCAAAGGAUCAAACAUCUCACCUGCAUUAAAGCAUAUCAGCACCUCAUCGUGGUCUUUCCAGGAAGUCGAUGAACACAGUGAAGGUUUAGUGAGAUAAAUCAGACUCUUCACAAGGACAAAGAUGAGCUCAACUCCAGAAAUCCUCCUGAAAAUGCUGGAUGAUUUGACACCUGAAGACUUUAAAAGAUUCAAGUUCCAUUUGAGUGAAAUUGGCAUCUUUGAAGGAUGCAACGCAAUCCCAGCAGGACAACGAGAGACACUGGACAAGGUGGACACAGCGACACAGAUACACGACAGGUACAGUGAUCAUGCUCUGGAUCUCAUGAAACUGCUGUUGGAGAAAAUGGGGAAGAAGUGGAUAUGGGAUAAACACACCAUAAACACCACAGAACCUGAAGGGAACGAUGGACCUCAAAAAAUUCUUUUGUCAAUGAUAUCCAAGAAGUGUCAAGAAAAACUGAAGUCCAGACUGAAGAACAAGUUCCAGUAUGUGUUUGAGUUGAUCCCUAAACAAGGAGAGGCUCCCGUCCUGAACGACAUUUACACAGAACUGAAACUCACUAAGGGAGGGACUGCAGGGGUUAAUAAGGAACAUGAGGUCAUUCAGAUUCCAACAGCAUCCAGGAAAAAAGACCGAGAAGAAGGAAGCGUGAAACCAGAAAAACUCUUUGAAGCCUCACCUGGAAGAUCUGAAAAAGUUAGAACAGUGCUGACAAAGGGAGAUGCUGGCUUUGGAAAAACAGUGCUGACACAGAAGUUCACUCUGGACUGGGCUGAAGACAAAGCCAACCAGGACAUCCACUUUAUAUUUGCAUUCACCUUCAGAGAGCUGAAUCUGGAGAAGGAGAAGACGUUCAGCUUGGUGGAACUCGUUCAUCACUUCUUCACUGAAACUAAAGAAGCAGGAAUCUGCAGCUUUGACGACUUCCAGGUGGUCUUCAUCUUUGAUGGCCUGGAUGAGUGUCGACUCCCUCUGAACUUCCACCAGACUGGGAUCCUGACUGAUGGUCGAGAGCCCACCUCAGUGGAUGUUCUGCUGAUAAACCUCAUCAGGGGGAAUCUGCUUCCCUCUGCUCGAAUCUGGAUUACCACACGACCUGCAGCAGCCAAUCAGAUUCCUGAUAAAUGUGUGAACAGGGUGACAGAGGUCCAAGGGUUCACUGACGAACAGAAGGAGGAGUACUUCAGAAAGAGGUUCAGAGAGGAGGAGCAGGCCAGCAGGAUCAUCUCCCACAUCAAGAAAUCACAAAGUCUCCACAUCAUGUGCCACAUCCCUCUCUUCUGUUGGAUCACUGCUGAAGUUCUGGAGGAAGAGUUGGAGAACAGAGAGGGAAGAGAGCUGCCCAAAACCCUGACUCAGAUGUACAUCCAGCACCUGAAGGUCCAGGUCAAAAUGAACAGUGUCAAGUGUGAUGACGGAUCUACCUCAGAUGAAAUAUGGAGUCCAACGAGCAGGGAAAUGAUAGAGUCUCUGGGAAAACUGGCUUUUGAUCAGCUACAGAAAGGAAACCUGACCUUCGAUCCGUACGACCUGACAGACUGUGGCAUCGACCUCAAAGCAGCCUCAGUGUACUCAGGAAUGUUCACAAAGAUCUUGAAAAAGGAGAAAGGCCUCCACAACAGUGUGUUCUGCUUCAUCCAUCUGAGCUUUCAAGAGUUUCUGGCUGCUCUUCAUGUCCAUCAGAUCUUCAUCAAGUCAGGAAUCAACCUGCUGGAUGGAAAACAGCAAACAUCCAAGAUGUCCAAAGAGAUGAAGACAACACCAACUCUGCACCAUCUCCAUCAGAGAGCUGUGGACGAGGCCUUGAAGAGUCCAAAUGGACACCUGGACUUGUUCCUCCGCUUCCUCCUGGGUCUUUCACUGGAGACCAAUCAGAGUCUCCUUCGAGGUCUGCCGACACAGACAGGAAGUAGCUCACAGACCAAUCAGAAAACAGUCCAGUACAUCAAGAAGAAGCUGAAUGAGAGUAAGAGUCAGUCUGCAGAGAGAAGCAUCAAUCUGUUCCACUGUCUGAAUGAACUGAAUUAUGGUUCUCUGGUGGAGCAGAUCCAACAGUCCCUGAGGUCAGGAAGUCUCUCAAUAGACAUUCUGUCUCCUGCUCAGUGGUCAGCUCUGGCCUUCAUCUUACUGUCAUCAGAAGAAGAUCGGAAAGAGUUUGACCUGAAGAAAUACUCUGCUUCAGAGGAGGCUCUUCUGAGGCUGCUGCCAGUGGUCAAAGCCUCCAACAAAGCUCUGUUGGAGAACUGUGGUCUGUCAGAGAGAAGCUGUGGAGCUCUGUCCUCAGUUCUCAGCUCUCAGUCCUCCAGUCUGACACAUCUGGACCUGAGUAACAACAACCUGAAGGAUUCAGGAGUGAAGCUGAUUUCUGCUGGACUGGAGAGUCCUCACUGUAAACUGGAAGCUCUCAGUCUGUCAGGGUGUCUGGUCUCAGAGGAAGGCUGUGCUUCUCUGGUCUCAGCUGUGAGAUCCCAGUCUUCCCAUCUGACAGAGCUGGACCUGAGCUACAACCAUCCAGGAGAAUCAGGAGUCAAACUGCUGUCUGCUGCUGAGGAAGAUCCACACUGCAAACUGAAGACUCUCAGGGUGGACCAUGGUGGACAGCAGAGGCUCAAACCUGGGCUGAGGAAGUAUUUCAUUCAACUUGAACUGGAUGAAAAUUCAAUGAACAGAAACCUCAAACUGUCCAACAACAACAGGACGGUGACAUGUGUGGAGGAAGAGCAGCCGUAUCCUGAUCACCCAGACAGAUUUCAUUUCUGGACUCAGCUGCUGUGUGGAAAUGAUCUGAGUGAUCGAUGUUACUGGGAGGUCAAGUGGAGCGGAGAAGUUUAUAUAUCAGUGAGCUACAGAGGAAUCGAAAGAAAAAAAGGCACUCUUGGGUGCACGUUUGGAAAGAAUCAUCAGUCCUGGAGUCUGCAGUGUUCUGGUGGAGGUUACUCUGUCUGUCACAGUGGCAUCAAAACAAUCCUCUCUUGCCCCUCCUCCUCCUCUGGUCGAGUAGCAGUGUAUGUGGACUGUCCUGCUGGCUUUCUGUCCUUCUUCAGAGUCUCCUCUGACUCUCUGAUCCACCUCUACACCUUCAACACCACAUUCACUCAACGUCUCCAUGCUGGAUUUACAGUGUGGAAAGGUUCUUCAGUGAGUCUGUGUCCUCCGUGAGAAGGACAGUCUCUUUAUCUGACAACAGGAAGCAGGAGAAGUCUAUCACAAGGUGAGAGAGGUGUUUCAGAAGGUGGGAGGAGUUUAACAAGAAGUCUACAAAAGAUCUGUGCACUGCCACACAAAACUAAGAUGAGGAUUAAAGGAAUACUCCAAAAUUUUUGGACCCACGCCCUAUCCCUAUCAUUUUUAUGGUGAGACAAGAUAAUACAUACAUUUAUUGUCUCUCUGCGUCCAGCUGCUGGCUCCCAGCUGUUAGCAUCAUAGUUAGCUUAGCUCAGCUGCUGGAGGUGAAGAGGAAACAGAGCCGGACUGACGAAAGUGGACAAAAUACUCCUUCCAGUGGUCCAGGGGACGGCGUAUUAGCAUGUGAAAUAAAUCUGAAUGGUUAUCAAAAAAUUUAAAAGGCGUGUUUUCUUUAUACCCCGUUUAAAUAACGUUUUGAUACACACAGACAUGCGCAGCGCUCCGUGGAAGGAUAUACCGGCGCACAGCG